GUGCGCGAGUGCAUUUUCAGACACACAUUCGUUUGACAGCCUUUUAGCAUCCAGAACCAACUCGCGAAGCCAGUUCCCCCGAAGCGAGCCUCCGAAACCGCCGCAGACGAGUUUCUCGGAAGUCUUAAUAUGCCAGGUCUCAAUAGCCCAUUGGAACCUCCAGUCAGCAAUGGCGCCCAGGAAAUUGAUUCCUUCCGACCAAAGGCCUUAACAUCGAUGAAAGCUUCUGCGAUGCCGAAGAUUCCCAAAAAGUGGAAAUGGGAGGGUGAUCUAUUUGUUGACUUUGUUAAGAACCAAGCGGAGAAAGUUUGUGAAGUGACGAUCAAGGACGCGACUGAUUCGCGCGAUAACGGUGCUCGCAUGAGCUUCAUGAUGGCGCAAACCGAUUCCAUUCGCAUCCAAAAACUUUACAAUGUUACGGAUCUCACACCGGUUUUUCGCUCCUGUGGAGAAGCUCAGCAAUUUGCCAAACUGGAAGCUUCGGAAAACCAAGACAGUCAAGCACUACUCGGAUUUUUUGGUCACAUGUCACUUCAGCGACAGGUUGCUGUUCUCCCGCUGUCGUUGGAUGGCGCAGAACUUGCACUGCUAUUUGUAUUCAGCCCAUCAUUGGAUGCCCUUUGUAAGUUUUUGCGCGUACCAGGGCAUCUACUGCAGGUUUCGCAAAACACACAUGUUUUGGUGGCCUUGUUGCCAUGGCUUGUCUCGUCUGCUAAAUACAGCAAAACCACGCGCAACCCGGUCAGCGAAACUAUACAGCAGCUACCGACCCCGACCCCGAACCGUCAACAGAAAGACAGGCUUCUUCGUCGCAUACUGAAAGAGGCUGCUAUGGCUAUUGGUCUGCUUUCAUUUCCACACGAACUCUUGAAUUUCCUGGGGCUCUCGAACAGGAAAUAUUGUAUCUGGUCCUUCCCGGCCGAUGGAGCAGCCUCGAAUGCUGGCUUUGAGACUCGACAGCUUAAAUACGUGCUGGACAAGACUAAAGCUGUGCCAGUGAGCCUUGACGCAGAAGCUCGGUUAAUAUUCGUACAUGUUGGGGCCCUCAAGACUUUUUACGAGCUUUCUGCGUUGGUCACCAAGCGCCGCGACACGCCUGAAGUUCGCUUUUUCACCUACGGCACACAUGAGUCUGUUCCAUCCAGCAGGUGGGGCAUUCGCGAGGUUUUCCCUUUGGGUGGUAUUGUCACCUUUACGCCUUUGGCUAUCGCUGAAGAUCCUGCUGGAUGUCACUGUUUGAUGCGUAACAUCGCGCAGCAUCCUCUCUGGGAAUGUUACCUGAUACCUUCGAUCGUGGGUUUGAGCCAUGCCCUAGCGUGCGGCAAGGAGAAGCCAGUACCAGAAAUUUUGAGCAUGGACUCGUGCCUUCUUCCCAUCCUGGACCUGGUAAACGCAGGUAGCGUCGCUGUCAUGACAUCGCCCACCAAGCAUGAUGACGCCUGGAUUGUUGACACCUUGGAGAAGCAAAUGUUAGAAGUACAGGAUGUGCUGCGAGAGUGCAUUCAAAGCUCGAUCGCGCGCUUCGCUCACUGCAGCGAAUCUGACAUCCUAGUUGAAGCGGACAUGGAGAUUUCUCAAGAUCUCCGAAAUAUGGAGCUGCAGCCUACUUUCAUGGACAAUCACAGGCGGUUUGUGAUUAUCAGAGCUGCAUCUGAGGAGACUCGCAGCCUCCCCGAAGGCGGAUCGGGGCUCGAGUGGUGUCCGAUAUCAAAGUUCUCAUUCCUGGAUGAUUUCUUCCUUGGACCGUAGAUUUGUAGUCAUUUAUGUAUGUACUAAUAGUAGUUCCUUUUUAGUGUGACCUGUGCACGAGUCUCGG